CGGUUUCGUGUGAGCCCAACGGGAGAAAGCUCCACCAGUCGAACCACAUCGCAUCCGACGGCCAGGCCCCACCGGCGGCUCCAUCACCGCCGUCCGUAGCCGCAGCUAAACCACCGCCAAGCAAACACACCGAGCCAUUGAUGCGGCCACACUGGUCGGUGGUCUGUGCAUGGACGCCCCCGGCGAGACCUCCCCGCCGACGUCGCCGCCGCCACCUCCUCCAGAGCUGGCCAUGGUGGCGCGGGCCGUGCAGCGGCUCGUGGCGCGGAACGACGCGCUGGCGGCAGCGACGGGUGGGGGAGGCGAGGGCCGGAAUCAGGGGAUGGCGGCGUUCGAAGCUGCCAGGGGCGCGCCAGCGCCGCGCAUCGGCGUGGCAGAGUACCUGGAGCGCGUGCAUAGGUACGCGGCACUCGAGCCCGAGUGUUACGUGGUGGCGUACGCGUACGUCGACAUGGCGGCGCACCGGCGGCCGGCCGCCGCCGUGGCGUCUAGGAACGUGCACCGGCUGCUCCUCGCCUGCCUCCUCGUCGCCUCCAAGGUCCUUGACGACUUCCACCACAGCAACGCCUUCUUCGCGCGCGUCGGCGGCGUGAGCAACGCGGAGAUGAACAAGCUGGAGCUGGAGCUGCUCGACGUGCUCGACUUCGAGGUCGCGGUCGGCCACCGCGCCUACGACAGGUACCGCGAGCACCUGGAGAAGGAGAACCUCAGGGAGUACGGUCUGCCCGGCGCUGCAUCCAAGGCGAGAGCGGCCGCGUCCAUCAAGCCCCUGCCGCCGUUGGCGGAGGAGCGCUCGGCCGAAGUUGGCGACGGCCGCCGCGAAGAACACGACCGGAUGCUGCCGAACGGCGUGCCGGCCAGGCCGUCUCUUAGAGAACUGUGGGCCUUCGAUUACUAGCGACAGCAAGUAGCGAUGUGCAAGCUGCAAAGCGUGUACAUAUAUCUCUGCAGAGUUGUGUUAUGCCAAUGUGCCAUACAUGUACGGAUGCUGAAUUUGCUGGUGAUUAUUGGAUUAAUGUCGCGCAUGACGCAUCA